UUGUCUUUACGUUUCAAAUGUAUGUCUUAGGGUGACUUGGGUCCCUUUAACCCUGGACUGCCUGUGCAAGUUCCUCUGUGGCUGGCUAUCAACCUGAGACAGAGACAGAAGUGUCGACUGAUAGCUCCAGAAUGGAUGGCUGUGGAAAAGUUGGAACAAAUCCGGGACCAGGAACGGAAAGAAGAUACUUUCACCCCGAUGCCAAGCCCUUACUAUAUGGAAUUAACCAAGCUAUUGCUAAACUAUGCUGUAGAUAAUAUUCCAAAGGCUGAUGAAAUCCGAACAUUGGUUAAGGAUACAUGGGAUUCUCGAAUAGCAAAACUCCGGUUGUCUGCGGAUAGCUUUGUCAGACAGCAGGAAGCCCACGCCAGGCUGGAUAAUCUGACUCUGAUGGAGAUCAACACCACUGGGGCUUUCCUUACUCAAGCUUUAGAUCACAUGUACAAGCUGCGUACAAAUCUCCAGCCCGGAGAGAAUACCCAGUCCCAGGACUUUUGACAGCUGAAAUUCUCUGUGAAAUGGAGGCCAGGCAUUUGGGCAUGUUUCUGAAUCUUACAGAAGCCACCUCUUUUAAUGCUAGAAGGGUAUUUUGAAACCAAGAAUGUUAGAGAAGAUUUCCACGUUAUUCCAUCCUUAAUGGUGUCAGCUUGUGGGGAUGUGUAAGGCUGUAAUGGUAUAGCUAGAUCCAGCCUGUCAGUGGUUUAGAGGAUGUGCUUCCUCAGCAUUUGUGGUGCUGCAUUAAAAUCUUUUACAAACAGCUGGUCUCACCCAAAGGCAUGCUAGGCUCCCAUUUGGCUGUCAUUCCAAGAUGAAUUGGCUGCAGCUUUUUGCUGCAGUCUUGCUUCCUCGCUGGGUUAUUUUACUAUCAGUCCAAAACAAGAUGAAGAAAACAAAUCAGUCCCUUAUUCCAAGGAUCCAGUACCUCAGUGGGACCUUUAUAUUCUGAUGCAUCUGGGAGAGAUGGCAGAAUGAGACUAUUUUAAACACCUGGCUGCACAGCACCCGUGAAGGCCUGCCUGAAGAAUGACAUGUAACUGCUAACCCAUCACUCCAGCGGGGCAUGGUGCUUCCACUGUGAUAGCGCUUGCUGGAGUCUAUUUGUCAACUGUCCUUAGAGAUAAAGGACUGUCUGUGGUUUCCUUGACAGUAGCUGGUGAAGUGCACAACUGUAUGGGGGAUGAGUGAAAAUAAGCAUGUAUUCUGUAGGAAGUGGAGCCACAAAGGCAAGGCACAUCACUUUGGCUCGCAGUCUGCUUUCAGCUCUGAUAUGGAAACCAUAUUGCAGAUGUACCAAAACCACAGUCAGGAUCUAUUCAUUAUUAAUCACAUAGAUAUACACUUGCUGAUGAUGCUCAGGCUAUUAAUCAUAUAGUAAAUGCUGCUACCUGUGUGGUGUACACAUUCCAUAAAAGGUAAUUAGAUUGAAAGAGGAAAUGAAAAAGGAAGUGGGGGCUUCUUUUAUAUGCCACUAGAGAGCGAGACAUUUAGGUUAUGACAUCCUGACCUCUACUGGCUAUCUAGGGAACAUUUCAGAUUAAAAACAUUUCAAAACAAAAUUAAGUUCAAGGUACUGUCGGCUCUGGCUCAUAAAAGCAUAUUUUAAUAAAUGUUGUUAUUUGCUGAGGUGCCACUGAAUUCCUCUUUAAUGAUCUUUGUUUAUCAAGAGUUGAUUGUUUGCAGAGUAAUUUCAGCUCAUUACAUUUUUAACCUUUUAAAAGUUUUUUUCUUAGUUGCUGUGCAUUAUGUAUGUGUUUGUUAUUGGUCUGCCAUUACAAGAUGAACUUGUAUUUUGUAUGUUGCGUUGUGAAUUGACUGAAAGGAAGAGGUUUAGGAUGAAAACAAUACACCUAAGGUGCCAUAGCCGUAUAUGAGGACUCAGGGUCUCUAUAAUUUGUAGGUCACUGUUGCAGUCAAUUUUAUAUAAACAUUUUAAUACAUUGUC